CCCCAAUACAAAUAUUCUCAAAGUCUUCAUUUCUUAACUCCAUAUAAAUCGCUAUCGCAUGGGAAUUCUUCUCUUGUCUGUUGCUUACUGCUCAAUUAGAUAUAUAUGCUACUUGUUCUUUCACUCUUUCGAAAAUGGCACCCAUUGAUGAGCUUGAUUAUGCUAGCCCCAUUUCAGUUUUCCAGAUUUUGUUUCUGAUUUUUCUCAAUUUUGUACUUGAACGUUUCUUUCCAGGUUUACUGUACGUUUUCAUACUCUGUGCCGCAUUCCUUUUUUAUCUCUGCAAUUCAUGGGCUGCCCACCGCAACAUUAUCAAACGCCUCGAGGCGGCCGAUGCGACAUGCACACCAAGUGUUCGACGAAAUGCUCAUGAGGGGCAUUGCUAUACAGACAUUGUGGUCAUGCCCGUUAAUGACACAAAGGAAGUGAAACUAACGAUUGAAGAUGUGAAAACUAUGAUGGAGACACUUGAUCAUGAGCAUAACAACGCGGAAAGUAAUAAUCUUGAGUUGAAUGCUGAGAUUGUGGGGCUAUUUGAGGAAGAACUGAGUUUGGGAGAAGUUAAGGAAGCUUUUGAUUUGUUUGAUGAUAAUGGUGAUGGGUUUAUUGAUGUAGAGGAUUUGAAGAAGGUGUUGUGUGGCAUGGGAUUUGCAGUGGCUUUAGAAGUUGAUCAAUGCAGGAGAAUGAUAAGUGGGUUUGACAGUAAUGGAGAUGGGCGUAUAGAUUUUGAAGAAUUUGCUAAGCUCGUUGAACAGAGCUUUCGUUGAAAACAGCUCUGUGUCUGUAGUGAGUGUGUUCCCAUAUGUAAAAUAAACGUUUUAGGUUUGCAUUUAAUUAAGAGACUUUUUUAUUUUCAAGAAGUUAAGAGACUUCAACAUUGUUCAUUGUGUAGUAUGACAUAAACGUUUAAUGCACGCUUGAAGAACCAUUUGUUGCUUUGAAAAA